UGGGCCAUGGAGAAUUCUCCUUGGAAGUAACGAUAGAUGCCUAGUGAGCGGAACUAAGCCGCGCCAACGGGGACCUCUCCGUUCUACGGAGUAUCAUUGCUCAAGUCGUCCACCAUGCCUCCAAAGGCUCCGUACUGCGAGGGCGCGAAACGUCCCUUCAAUCCCGAUACCCUCAUUCGCGAUUGGGACAAGCAUCCUUCUCCCGAGAAGGGUCCUUUUUCGAGUAGCAUCACUCUCAUCUUCGGACUCCCUCAAGACGACAAAUAUGUAUACAAUGCGGGUCCGGCGGGAGUGACGCUGCUACAAGCCCAAAUAGCACUACUUGCAAAAGGGAGGAAUGGACUCCACGGCUGGUAUCGCGAUGGCGAAGGGAACGAGAUACUUCCACCGACAGGUGAUGAUAUAGUGGCAUACGCCGCCCUAUUCGACCCUUCAAAGUCCAUCGCAGCAGCCCUCCGAGCCUUCGAAAGCAACGCCAAAAAGGGCUCUCGCCGGCACGAGAUUGCCCAACACCUCUCCUCCCACCUACUUCUCCCUCGCGCUGGCCUCGUUCUUGGCAAAAGCAAGCGCCAGCACAUAAAUCCAUACUACGACUUCUGGCGAUGGUCCUGCAAAGAACUCGAGUGGGGAGGACCAUUUCCGAACACCGCCAACACGAAGAUGUCCCACCACAUCCUACCAGUCUUCUACCAUCAUUUCGGCUGUGUAGUCCCCUCGUACGCUGCGCUUUAUACGAUAGCACAGUUGGCACAACCGAAAGGCGGACCCAAGGUCCCUAGUAAGCCUAUAUUGGAUAUCGGGUCGGGCUCGGGCUAUUGGACGUUUAUGCUGAGAAAGCUCGCUCUUCCGACGCAUAUGUCACCGCUAGUGGUGCACGCGAUAGACAAUCAGCGCUCCUUGUACCGCACGAUGUGGGUCGGCGAUACGAUACCCGCAACCGGGGAGGAGUACCUGGAUGGGCAUGAUGGAGGCAAGAACGCCAUACUAUUACUCGUAUACCCGCAGACGGAGGAGGAGUUUGUACGGAAGACGGUGGAGCACUAUAACGGUGGUGUCAUUGUGGUUGCUGCCACGCAGAAUGCGGACGGCUUCACGGCUUUCAAGGAGGGGACGAUGAACGUGUGGAUGAAGCGAGAGCAUCCCGAAUUUGAACAUACGGCUCAGAUACCACUACCAAGCUUUGCGGGAAAAGAUGAGGCACUCUAUGUCUUCGAGAGGAGCAAUAGUAGUGCUCAGCAGGCUAGUCAAAGCUAAGUAGAGGAGAGAGAGUAACUCAAAAUUAGGGCACAGUUGAUUCUUAUUUUCCAUCAACGCAGGCGAUAUAUACAACCGCGUCUCCUCCAAGACACAACGAUGCUUGCCAUACAUACUAUUAACAAUUCCCGGUAUUGGGCACAUUCCCAUAACGUUGUAAUCCCCUUAUUUGACUAUACUAUACCGCAUAACCACUUCUUUAGAGAGCUAGUCCACUAGAAAGAACAAGAUCCAUACC